UAGUAGAAAUUACUAUUUAACAUAUGGCAACUUUGUUUUUCCUCCAAAAUGGCCGGUGUUGUUUUUGUUAGGUUGAAUGCAUUCUUGUUUUCUUAGCCAUCGUUUAUGAGUUCUGUGGCCCUAUUAAAGUAUUGAAGAGUCGAGUCAAAUUCAAGUUCAUUCCUUCGUACCUGCUGCUGUUCUGGUUCAUCGGAGUUUUGUUCGUUCCUUCGUGAAUCGCGAAGAAACUUUCUGUUAUGUUCACAAGUGAUCUGAGUUUUCUCAAAGUGCAAAUGCUUUUUUAGUGUUGUUGAAAACUUUGCGAAAAGACGCUUUUGGUGUAUAAUAUUAUGUGUGUUCAUAAAUAAAGUAAAAUUAUUAAAUUGAAAAGUUUUUGUUUAUUUGCAUUUCCAUGUGCAAUGUAGAAUUUUUCCAAAUCCAUUGUUUUGAAAAUAAUACAAUACGUACACCAUAAAGAUAAAUAUUUUCAAAAUAAUGGAUUUGAAAAAAUUCUACAUUGUACAUCAAAAAAACAAUAAUUCUUUGAAGGUUAUGAGGGCCUAUGUGUGCGUGAACUGUGUGUAUGUGUGCGUGGACUUUAUGUAUGUAUGUGUGCGUGGACUAUGUAUGUAUGUGAGCGUUACGUACGUAGGUUAAGUACAGGGAAUUUAACACCAGGCUGUCAAUUAGUAGGUUCAAAAAUUUGACAGAGAGGGUUCUCUAUUUCCUAUGUAUUACUUUUCUCUAUGAAUGUUUGUUUAAAUUUUAAUUGAUCGUGUUAAUUAAUUUUAACUAUUUAAUUGCCAGUAGGUAUUAUAGAUUUAAAGCCAAGUGUGUGAGCAUUACUUUUGUUAUUACACUAAUGGAAUACUAGAGAAAUGGAUCCUGAUAUUUCUAAUGCAUCGAAAGAAAAAGUUAUGGGUGACAACAAUUCACCAUACAACUGCGGACCUGAACAGAUAGAAAUACCUUUCCAUAUAUUUCAAGACUUAAGCUCAAAAAGUCUGAAAUUCCAGAGUUUGUGCAGGAUUUGCUUAAAGUCUUUAGGGAACGAUGAUAUGAUUCCAUUGCAUUCUACUUAUUAUGAAACGGAAACUCUUGUAGAUAUAAUUAAGUUAUUUACUUCAAUACAGAUAAAUUUAAAUGAUGUUUUGCCUUUAAAUAUAUGUAUCACAUGCCAGGCAGAUGUUAUUCACUGCUACAAGUUUAAAAUCAAAUUUGAAAAAUCUGAGUAUAUUUUACAAACUUUAUUGAAAGAGCAGUUUAUGUUAACACAAGAUGCUGACAAUAUCAACAGUGACACUUGUGUGAAUAACUCAACAAUUUGUAAAGAUGAAGUCAAGGAAGAAACUAUCGAAGAUAUGGAUGAACAAUACUUGGAGGAUAAUGUAAAUUUUUCUAGUGAUGAUGAAGCACUUUGCAUAGUCCAAAAUACUGGUAACAAAGUAAAAGACGAGUUAGAAAUCACUAUCACAGAUUCAAAAUCCCUACUCAAGAAAGUAAUGUCACAUAAAGAGUCUCCGGAUAAGCAAAAGUCUUGCAGCUUCUGUCAUAAGAAAUUCAGCAAAAUCAAGAAUCUUAGGGACCACAUAAGGAGGAAGCAUAGCUCCGAUGAGCAUUCACACCCAUGCACCAAGUGUAAAGAAAUAUUUAGCUCGGAGCAUGACUUGAAGGUGCAUUCAGCAGUACACAGCACUGGUCCACCUUGGAGUUGUAAUACAUGUGACAAAGUAUUUAAAGCCAAGCCGAAGCUGCGGCGGCACCUUCAGCGGCACAUGCAGGCCAAGCGAUUCGCGUGCGCGUGCGGCAAGGCCUUCAGCGAACUGUACGCGCUGCGGAGACACGCGCGCGUGCACACCGGCCAGGCGCCCGACAAGAAGCACGCCUGCCCCGUCUGCGACAAGAGAUACAGCGAAAGCAGCGCACUAGCGCAGCACGUGGCCGGGCACCGCGGCGAGCGGCCGUGCGUGUGCGCCGUGUGCGGCAAAGCCUUCGCCUCCGCGCGGCUCCUGCGCUCACAUCGCCGAGUGCACUCGGACGCCAAGCCACACGCCUGCCGCUACUGCCCCAAGCGGUUCCGGCACGAGUCGACGCGCAACACGCAUCACCGCACGCACACGGGAGAAAAACCGUACAUCUGCGCCGCCUGCGGGAAGGCCUUCAUACAGAACUCCAACCUCACGCUGCAUAUGAGGACGCACACCGGUGAAAAACCUUAUUCAUGCAGCAAAUGUGAGCAGAAGUUCACGUCAAGGUCUUCUCUAAAGGCCCAUCUACGAAGGCACACGGGCGAAAAACCUUACAGCUGUGACGUUUGUGGCAAAAAGUUCGCGCGCAUGGACCUGAGCGCGCACAAGCGGCUGCACGCGGGCGCGCGGCCGCACGCCUGCAGCGCCUGCCCCAAGGCCUUCGUCAACGCCGCGCGCCUACGAUCGCACUGCCGCAUGCACACCGGUGAAAAACCAUUCGAGUGUGCGACCUGCGGUAAAACAUUUGCGGCCAAAUCUCACUUAGCGCAGCACGUGAAGAAACAUCAGUCGACGAAGAAACAAGACAAAAAGGACAUCGUCAUAGUCCAGCAAGUCGCUUACAACGGCCAAAUGUUCGUCAGCAACAUUAUCACUGACGGCAAACAGAAUGAACAGACAGAAGAGGCUUCAGUCAUAGCUGAAACUAAAUGUGAAGAGCCAAAUAACGAUAUUACAUUAGAAUUAGCUCAAGACAUGCCAUUAGAAGUCACAGGUGAAUUGGUUGUUCAAGAUGAUUGUGAUGUUAAGGAGAUUUUAGUUGUGGACAAUAGUCAUAAUGAAACUAGUUACCAAAGCGGAAAUGUAUGUUUGAAUACUGGAGAGAUCGGGGAAAUAAAUUAUUCCAACAGUGACGUCAACUUGGUGACAGUCAAUGAGGGCACCACAGUAAAGUUAUAUCAACUGGAUCAGAGUCUAGUCCAAAUACAUAGUUCUGGUGGUCAGGUCACUAUCAGCAAAAUUACUAGUAAAAUGACUGCUAACUUUUAACUAUCUACUUAUAUUGACUGUAUUACACUAUUUAUUAACCAA